AUGGACCUGUCCCUAGCCCUAAACACAUUCAUAAUCCUAACCCUAGUCACCCUAUCCACACCCAUCCUACUCCCCCUAUUAUCCCACAACUUCAAAAACACUCCUGACACCAUCACAAACACAGUCAAAACAUCCUUCUUAAUCAGCCUAAUUCCAAUAACAAUCCACAUUUACUCAGGAACGGAAAGCCUGACCCUCCUGUGAGAAUGAAAAUUCAUCAUAAACUUCAAAAUCCCUAUUAGCCUAAAAAUAGAUUUCUACUCCCUCACCUUCUUCCCCAUCGCCCUAUUCGUCUCAUGAUCUAUCCUACAAUUUGCAACAUGGUACAUAGCCUCAGACCCCCAUAUCACAAAAUUUUUCACCUACCUACUAUUCUUCCUAAUAGCAAUACUCAUCCUAAUCAUCGCUAACAACCUAUUCGUCCUAUUCAUCGGCUGAGAAGGAGUAGGAAUCAUAUCCUUCUUACUAAUCAGCUGAUGACACGGACGAGCAGAAGCUAACACCGCCGCUCUACAAGCCGUACUAUACAACCGAGUCGGAGACGUAGGACUUAUUCUAUGCAUAGCCUGAUUAGCCUCAGCCAUAAACACCUGAGAAAUCCAACAACUCUCCUCCCCAACCCAGACCCCAACACUACCCCUACUAGGCCUAAUCCUGGCUGCAACCGGAAAAUCCGCCCAAUUCGGACUUCACCCAUGACUGCCAGCCGCUAUAGAAGGACCAACCCCCGUAUCUGCCUUACUCCACUCCAGCACAAUAGUAGUAGCCGGAAUCUUCCUACUUAUCCGAACCCACCCCCUAUUCAACAACAACCAAACCGCCCUAACCCUAUGCCUAUGUCUAGGAGCCCUAUCCACUCUAUUUGCAGCCACAUGCGCCCUCACCCAAAACGACAUCAAAAAAAUCAUUGCUUUCUCAACUUCGAGCCAACUAGGACUAAUAAUAGUAACUAUCGGACUUAACCUCCCAGAAUUAGCCUUUCUCCACAUUUCAACCCAUGCAUUUUUCAAAGCUAUACUCUUCCUGUGCUCAGGAUCCAUCAUCCACAGCCUAAAUGGUGAACAAGACAUCCGAAAAAUAGGAGGCCUGCAAAAAAUAAUACCAACAACAACUUCAUGCCUAACCAUCGGAAACCUAGCCCUCAUAGGAACACCAUUCCUAGCAGGAUUCUACUCAAAAGACCAAAUCAUCGAAAGCCUAAGCACAUCAUACCUAAACACCUGAGCCCUACUGAUAACACUACUAGCCACCUCAUUCACUGCAGUAUACACAAUUCGCAUAACCGUACUAGUACAGACCGGCUUCGUUCGAAUUCCAUCCCUAACCCCAAUAAAUGAAAACAACCCCGCAGUGACUUCACCCAUCACCCGACUUGCACUAGGAAGCAUCACGGCAGGAUUCCUCAUCACCUCAUUCAUCAUCCCCACAAAAACCCCCACAAUAACAAUACCACUGCAAAUCAAAAUAACAGCCCUAGUAGUAACCGCCCUAGGAAUUAUCCUAGCCCUAGAAAUCUCAAAAAUAGCCCAAACUCUCCUCCUCACAAAACAAUCCUCCUUCUCAAACUUCUCCACCUCCCUAGGAUACUUCAACCCACUAACUCACCGCUUAACCAUGUCCAACUCCCUCAACGGAGGACAAAACAUUGCUUCACACCUAAUCGACCUGUCCUGAUACAAAAUCAUAGGGCCAGAAGGACUAGCCAACUUACAAUUAAUAGCAACCAAAGCCUUCACCUCCCUCCAUUCCGGCCUAAUCAAAUCCUACCUAGGAGCAUUCGCCCUAUCCAUCAUUAUCAUCCUCAUAUCCACAUACAGA